AUGUCUGAACAACCAACAGAACCACUUUCGAUCAAGGAAGAAUAUCAACUAUGGAGGGAAAACUGUCGAUACAUGUAUGAGUUUGUUAGUGAGACGGCAUUGACAUGGCCAUCACUUACAAUUCAAUGGCUUCCAAAGUACACUCAAUCCAAGGGGCUCAUUGAUGCCAAACUUCUAUUGGGAACACAUACGUCCAACCAAAGUGAAAACCAGUUGAAAGUUGCAUCAACACAGUUGCUGGCAGACCCGAAUGUCAAGGCCAAUUCGAAAAUCAAAAUUGUAGAGAAACUCGAAAAUAAUGCCGAAAUCUGCCGUGCAAGAUACAUGCCACAAGAUGCAAAUAUCGUAGCCACCAUCAACGGGUUGGGUGAGGUGGACUUGUAUAAUUUAGACACUGAAACCAGAUAUUCACAUUUUGCUCCACACACAAAGAACGGGUACGGCAUAUCUUGGAACCCCAAACAAAAAGGAUUAUUAGUCACUGGUGCUGAUGACCAUCUUGUUUGCGUUAGUGACACCACCACUACCAAAACUAUUUUCAAAAGUGACAUACAAAAAGAUAUUGUUAAUGAUGUUAAAUGGCACCAAUUCAAUGGCAAUUUAUUUGCAUCAGUGUCAGAGGAUAGCCAUGUUUACUUGUUUGAUAUAAGAGAUAACAAAGUGGUUAGUGAAUACUACGCAGAAUCUUCCAAUGGUAUCAAUUCCUUGGCAUUCUCUUCAUUUGCGGAGAACUUGAUGGCAAUUGGUAAUACAAAUUCAAAUAUCAAUUUAUUAGACUUGAGAAAAUUGGAUCUGUCCUCAGGAUUGUUACACACCAUGAUGGGCCAUUCAGAGGGGAUAACUUGUAUGGAAUUUUCACCCCACCAUGACGGUAUACUUGCCACUGGAUCGCAAGACAGAAGGAUAAUUAUUUGGGACUUGUUCAAAGUUGGAGAAGAGCAACAACAAGAAGACGCUGAGGAUGGGUGUCCCGAACUAUUCAUGAUGCAUGCUGGUCAUACUGCAGGAGUAAGCGAUUUAAGUUGGUGUCCUUUUAAAGAGUGGAUGAUUGGGUCGGUUGCUGACGAUAAUAUUGUCCAUCUUUGGGAAAUCAGUAAAAAGUUGAUUACAAACGAAGAAGUUGAAGUAGAUGAGUCGGUUUUAGAGUAG